AUGGGAUUUGAGGGUCCUUUCUUUAUCGUCUCGUUGUCCUGGCGACUACUCCUCGAGAGCCUGUGGAGCGACCACAAGACCUGUUCUUGGACAUUAGCAGAGGUCAUCUCAGUUUCCACUUCUCCUAUCCCACUUCUCCCUCUUCCAGCAAACAUCGAGUAUCUCUCAACAUACCCAGCUCAUCGCCCUCCGAGACCCUGCCGGUUCACGAUGCCUAUCAAACGAUCAUUCUCGAUGACUCCAUCUCCCGCGCCCAGCUCGGCCUCUUCGGAAUCGGCGGCGUACAGUCCAUCUCCCAAGAAGAUCAAGAAAGAGACCCUGACGUCGGACACUAGCUCUCCCACCACCCCAAAGACGCCAAAGUCCAAUAGCACUGCCACCAAGUCUUCGAAAACGCCCAAGACUUCGAAAACUGGAUCCAAAGCACAGGAAAACGGCACUUGGACGGCAGAGAAGAGAGGAAUAUUCAUAGACGAGAUCAUCGCUGCUGGAUACAAGGGAGCGGAACUCGACAGUUUGGCUGAUAAACUCAACUUGAGUAAGCGGCAGCUCAUCGAUCAGCUCGUUCCCAAUCGGAACAACCUCCGAGGCAAAGCAGUCAAGGGCGCGAAGGGAGAGUGAGGAAUCGAACAUGGCGUGAAAGAGGAAUUGAUUCUGCGAGUACCGUAAACAUGCAUGACUUGGGAGC